AGUGUUGUAUUGGGAAAACCAAAACCUUAAUAUGAUGCCAAGUUUGUGAGUCAUCAUUGUGUUUGCUCAACUCUCACUUCGACUCGUUGCCGCAUAAACUGAGGGAGUCAGUAAUAUUAAUGGCUCAAGAUAUGUCUGGUGCUGAUUCACAUCAAAAACGGUCAGGCCUUUUAAAAGAUCAAGUCCGUUUGGUUAAGAGGAAGGAUUCCAAUCAUUAUGAGAUUGCACCAAUCCAAAAUCCUUUGUCAUUUGAGAAGGGUUUCUUUAUUGUAAUCCGUGCAUGUCAGUUACUAGCCCAAAAAAAUGAUGGAAUAAUAUUGGUAGGAGUGGCGGGUCCUUCUGGGGCUGGAAAAUCUGUGUUUACUGAAAAGAUACUCAACUUCAUGCCGAGUGUUGCGGUCAUAUCCAUGGACAACUACAAUGACGCUAGUCGAAUUGUUGAUGGAAACUUUGAUGAUCCACGUUUGACAGACUACGACACAUUGCUCCAGAAUGUCAGUGACUUGAGAGCAGGGAAAGCGGUUGAGGUGCCAGUUUAUGACUUCAAGUCCAGUUCCCGCACAGGUUACAGGACAGUUGAAGUUCCAAGUUCCCGUAUCGUGAUCAUUGAGGGCAUCUAUGCUUUGAGUGAAAAGUUGCGACCUUUACUGGAUCUACGAGUAUCUGUCACAGGAGGCGUUCACUUUGACCUUGUUAAAAGGGUUUUACGGGACAUACAGCGAGCUGGCCAACAACCAGAAGAAAUAAUUCAUCAAAUAUCUGAAACAGUAUACCCAAUGUACAAGGCCUUUAUCGAGCCAGAUCUUGAAACUGCUCAUAUAAAAAUUAUCAACAAGUUCAAUCCAUUUACUGGAUUUCAAAGUCCCACAUACAUUUUAAAGUCAGCAAAGCCCUUGUCGGUGGAUCAAAUAAAGGCAGUCUUUACUGAAGAGCAUACAGAAGCCAAGGAAGAGACCUAUGAUAUAUACCUUCUACCACCUGGUGAAGAUCCAGAAUCUUGCCAAUCAUAUUUGAGGAUGCGGGAUAAAGAUGGGAAAUAUAGUCUCAUGUUUGAGGAGUGGGUGACGGAUAAUCCAUUUGUUAUAUCACCAAGAAUAACUUUUGAAGUCAGUGUGCGUCUUCUUGGUGGACUAAUGGCUCUGGGAUACACAAUUGCAACUAUUCUUAAGAGAAGCAGUCAUGUAUUCUCCAAUGAUGGUGUCUGCGUAAAAAUUGAUUGGCUAGAGCAACUAAAUCGUCGAUAUAUUCAGGUGCAAGGAAAGGAUCGAGUAGUUGUAAGAUGUGUUGCAGAGCAGCUUGGCUUGGAAGGUUCAUACAUCCCUCGUACCUACAUUGAACAAAUUCAACUGGAAAAGCUCGUGAAUGAGGUCAUGGCCUUGCCAGAUGAUUUGAAAACAAAGCUUAGCCUAGAUGAAGAUCUUGUUUUGAGCCCCAGAGACGCACUUUCUAGAGUAUCUGCAGCUGUCAUGAGAAAUAGGCAUCUCAAGAGUGGAAUGUCACAGUCAUAUACAAACCAAAGAGACAAAAGUACAACCCGGCUCACUGGAUAUUCUAAUGGUCAAAGGUUUGAUGACAGAAAUUCAGAAUCAGAAGCAACACUAGCAAGCCAGGGAGUCAUUACUCAGCUAUCAGAACAUAUUUCCUCGCUCAAUGAUAGAAUGGAUGAGUUUACGAACCGAAUUGAAGAGCUGAAUUCCAAGUUGACUGUGAAGAAAAGUUCUAGCCAACAAAACCUUGCUCUUCAAGCUGAAACCUGCAAUGGCUCCGCUCCCACUUCUUAUUUCAUCUCUGGCUUAGGCAAUGGAUCUAUAAUGCCUAAUUCCUCGUCUUCUGCCCAGCUGGCUAAGGAGUCUCCAGCACUGGAAGAGAUAUCAAACAUUACAAGGGGACAACGUCAAAUCAUGCAUCAGUUAGACAAUCUCAACAAUCUCCUCCGGGAAAGCAUGGGGGAGAGAAAUCGAGUGGCAAGAACAAACAGCAGUAAAGGCACAGAUGGUCGUUUUGAACCCUUGACAGUUCCUCUUGCAGUAACGCUUGCUGUUGGCAUUUUAGGAGUCAUCAUAUACAAGGGCGUCUCAAACCGAAGCUGAUUUGACUUGAAUACUUAACAGGCUGAUAGACUUCUCCCACCUGAGUUUUAAUGCAGUACUACCCUUACCCUUCUUGCCCGGGAAAACACAGUUAACAGAUAGAGAUAGCGGAAGCAAAUAUGAGCUAGAGAGCUUCUUUGAGAGUUUAUGAAAGAAGGGUGACGUAGCAUUUUUGAAAUUUUGUGGAAUACUUGCGUUAGUUCAUGGUUUUUCCAUUCAUUUGCU